AUGGCAGAGGGAACCCGUUCUCAGGAAUUAGAGAGAAGAGUGAUGGCUUUAAUGCAAGAGUUUGAAGCAAGGCAGGAAAAUUUAAGAAAAGAGGCUGAGCAACGCAAUCAAAAGGCAAUGGAUGAGAUUAAGGCCUUGCUGGCUGGUCUUAGUUUGCAGAAUAUGGAGUUGGCAAGUGGAAAAGGAUCAGAUGGAAGCGCUAGCAAUCAAAAUGUGUCUAGCCAUAAGAUUAGACAAUCUUGGGGAAAUUCUACUAAAUUGGAGUUUCCUCGGUUCAGUGGCGAAGGACUGGAGGGAUGGCUACUAAGGGUGGAUUAUUUCUUUGAGGUUGCAAAUGUUGCCGCAGAUGAUAGGGUUAAGAUGGCUGCUCUGCAUUUAGAAGGUAAAGCCCUUCAAUGGCAUCAAGGGUUCAUUAAGGUGAGAGGAUCUAUAGCUUACCUUGAUUGGGGUGCCUAUGUGGGAGCUAUAACUGCCAGAUUUGGUAGUAAUGCAUUUGAGGAUCCAUUAGCAGAUUUGAGGAACCUUAAACAGGUUAGUUCUCUACAAGAUUAUCUUGAUGCUUUUGAUGAGAUAUAUCCUAAAGCUGGCAUCCGGGAGGACCAAGCGUUGAGUUUUUUUCUUUCGGGCCUGGUAGAUGAACUACAAAUGCCAGUAAGAAUGUUUAAACCUUCUACUUUGGCUGAGGCCUAUUCAUUAGCAAGAUUACAAGAGAUCACAGUAGCUGCCAUUCAAAAUAAACCUAAACCUUCAGUUAAACCUGCCAGCUACAAUUACCUACCUCUUUCUCGUAUUACCACCCAAAUCCAAACCAAUAAACCCACAAUAACAACAACUUCUACUUCUAAAGAACAACCAGGACUGUUACCACUACCUUCCUUACCUAAACCAACUGCUGUAUCUGCCAAAAACUUAAAAAUUACUGAUAAAGACAUGGAUGAAAGAAGGGCAAAGGGGUUGUGCUUUUGGUGUGAGGAAAAAUAUACACCUGCUCAUAAAUGUAAGAAAAAACAAGCAUAUGUGAUGCAAUUAAUUACAGAAGAGAAUGAAGAAGAUGAGGAAAAUGAGGAUAAGGGAGUUGAGGGUGAAAUGGCAUCAGAUAUGCAAUUAUCUCUCAAUGCCAUGUGGGGAACACAGGGAACUCAGAUUAUGAGAAUAAAAGGGGAGUGUGGGAAAAGAAUAUUGCAUGUUCUAGUGGAUACAGGAAGUACUCAUAACUUUUUGAGUACGAAAAUGGCUUCUAAGCUUAAGUGUGAAUUGCAAAAAGCUGUUGGAAUAUCAGUUGAAGUAGCUAAUGGGCAACAACUUCAAUGUGAGGGCUUCUGUAAGAAUUUUACAUGGAGCAUGCAAGGUUUAGAAUUUCAUGCAGAAGUAUAUGUUCUUGCUUUGGAUAACUAUGACCUAAUCUUGGGGGCUCAGUGGCUUUCCACUUUAGGGGAGAUAUUAUGGAAUUUUCAGACUAUGAUGAUGACUUUUAAAAGGGAAUCUAUGCUUUGUGUGUUGCAGGGAGAAACUAAAAAGAAACUUUCAAAAGAGCUUAAUAGCUUGAUGAUUUGCCUUAAUGAUGAUGGAUUAUUUCACGUGGACAGACGUGAAGCUACUGCCUAUCUGUAUUCAGUAGCAGGUCCGCAGGAGCAAGUCGAGUUAGAGCAGCAACAGAAAUCUUGGCCUGAUUUAAAUAAUCUCUUAUUGACUUAUAAUGAUUUGUUUCAGGAGCCAAAGACCUUGCCCCCAAAACGUGUUCAUGAUCACAGAAUUGUUCUCAAAGCAGGAUCUUCACCAAUUAACAUCAGACCAUAUAAAUAUGCAGCUGAACAGAAAGAUGCAAUUGAAGACAUGAUUACAGAUAUGUUAAAAGUCAGUGAUAAGGAACGAUUAGCCCUUAUGCAAGUCCAGUUGUGCUUGUAA